UCCAAAAAAUAUAAAAUAAUUAAAGUUAUACGCUCCAGCAACAACAAGUUCUAUACGAUAACGUACCAAGUGCAAAACAAUAGAUUAUAUGGUUAUUGUGUCAAAUUAAAGUUGUUCCGAAAUCCAACUGACAUCCUUAUUGUUUUUUCCAACAAACCGUCAAAAUUCAGCAAAAUUUAAAAAUGUUGCACGAGGCUCUGAUGCUCGAGAUCUACAGACAGGCACUAAAUGCCGGCGCUCUGCCCACAGCUCGUCCGCGUUCCACUGAGUCGGCGAAUUCCAGCGAGCGGUGUCCAUCGCAUGACUCAAACUCUUCAGAGAAUGGUGGUGGUGCUGCCAGCGGCGGAGUAGGUCAUAGGUUAGACGCAGCCACUCUAUCCACCGGAGUGAUGCCCGGAGAAGGGCCCACCACACUACACUCAUCAUUUCCGGCAGUUCCGCAGUCCCUGCCCGCCCAGCCGCCCUCAAUGGAGGCGUACUUGCACAUGGUUGCAGCAGCCGCCCAGCAGUAUGGAUUUCCUUUGGCCGCUGCUGCAGCUGCUGGGGCGGGUCCACGGCUGCCACUCCCACUGGCUAAUGAGGCGGCGGCUCCAUUUAAACUUCCUCCACAGGCUUCGCCCACUACAUCGAGUAAUAAUUCGGAAGCUCUGGACUUUCGCACUAAUCUGUAUGGAAGGGCGGAAUCGGCUGAACCACCUGCUUCCGAGGGCGAGGAGGAGGACUUUGAUGACGGUGCCAACAAUCCACUUGAUCUCUCCGUAGGAACCCGGAAACGUGGUCACGAAUCGGAGCCUCAACUUGGUCACAUUCAGGUUAAGAAAAUGUUCAAGUCAGACAGCCCACCCGCAAAUUCCGUGGCUUCGCCUUCAGCCAGUCAACUGUUGCCAGGAGUUAAUCCUUAUCUCGCCGCUGUGGCAGCCGCCAAUAUUUUCCGAGCGGGACAAUUCCCCGACUGGAAUAGCAAAAACGAUUUGGUAAUGGAUCCGCUAGAAAAGAUGUCUGAUAUUGUAAAGGGUGGAGCGAGUGGAAUGGGCACCAAGGAAAAAAUGCACUCCUCCAAGGCCACAACCCCACAGGCAGCAUCUCAGCCACCAAAAAGUCCGGUUCAACCAACAUCCAAACAGAAUUCCGAAUCCGGAGGAGCGUCCGGAGUCGGUGGUGCUGGUAGUGGCGCAGUGACCAAAGCGAGGCAUAACAUUUGGCAAUCACACUGGCAAAAUAAGGGUGUGGCCAGUUCGGUGUUUAGGUGUGUGUGGUGCAAGCAGAGUUUCCCCACUCUGGAGGCCCUGACCACUCACAUGAAGGACAGUAAGCAUUGUGGAGUGAAUGUACCACCUUUUGGUAAUCUGCCAAGUAACAAUCCCCAGCCGCAACAACACCAUCCAACUCCACCGCCACCGCCGCAGAAUCAUAACCUCCGAAAGCACAGUUCAGGAAGCGCCUCCAAUCACUCACCAUCGGCAAAUGUGAAGAAUGCAUUCCAAUAUCGAGGCGAUCCACCCACGCCACUACCACGAAAAUUGGUUAGAGGCCAGAACGUUUGGCUUGGCAAGGGUGUAGAGCAGGCCAUGCAGAUCCUUAAGUGCAUGCGUUGCGGAGAGAGUUUCCGAUCUCUAGGCGAAAUGACAAAACACAUGCAGGAGACCCAGCACUACACGAAUAUCCUAUCGCAGGAGCAGAGUAUAUCUAUCAAAUCAGGGAAUGCCAAUGCCAUCUCAGAUGCCAAGGAAAGCCACAACAGUCUGAGUUCCGAAGAAAGUCGCACUCUCAGUGCAGUCCUCACGUGUAAAGUUUGCGAUAAGGCCUUUAAUUCUUUAGGUGAUCUGAGCAACCACAUGGCCAAGAACAAUCACUAUGCUGAACCGCUCUUACAGUCUGCAGGAGCGCGAAAGCGACCAACUCCUAAAAAGCGCGAGAAAUCUCUGCCUGUACGGAAACUUUUGGAAAUGAAGGGCGGAUCAGGAACGACGCAGGAAGAUCAUUCAAACGAAAAAUCCUCGGUGCAAGGAAAACCCGGCUUGGGACCUGGGGGAGGCGAUAAAAACGAUGCCGCUCUUUUUGCCGAACGCAUGCGGCAGUAUAUUACAGGGGUAAAAGCCCCAGAAGAAAUUGCCAAAGUUGCUACUGCCCAACUUUUAACGAAAAACAAGUCCCCAGAGUUAGUGGAGCAAAAGAACGGCGGUAGCGCAAAGGCUCCAGGGGCUUCUUCUGUUUUGAGUGCCAUUGAGCAGAUGUUUACAACCAGCUUUGACACCCCACCCAGACACGCCAGCCUGCCAGCUAGUAGUCCAUCCAACUCAUCCACCAAAAAUACCUCGCCUGUGGCCUCCAGCAUACUGAAACGAUUGGGGAUCGAUGAAACUGUUGAUUACAACAAGCCAUUGAUCGAUACCAAUGAUCCCUACUAUCAGCACUAUAGAUAUACAAGCAGCGAAAGGAGUGGCAGUGAGUGCAGUGCAGAAGCCAGGCCGAGAUUGGGUGCACCGACUCCCGAAAAACAGCAGCAAGGGGGAGGGCAUGAGGAGGAGUCGUCAAAGCCAGCAAUAAAGCAAGAAAGGGAGGCGGAAUCGGAACCUAUUAAUAUGGAGAUCAAGUCUGAGUUUGCUGAUGAACAAAAUGAAGCCGAGGAGUCAUCCAAAAUAGAGACAGCUGUGGUUAAUAGGAGUGCCACCAACAAUAACAAUAAUAAUGUGGAAAGGUGCUCCCCGAAGACACCGCCUUCGGCCGAAAGUCCUCAGAUUAGGUUGCUACCUCCUCAAAGCCCUGCCGAAAGUCAGAGAUCAGGAACUCCUAAAUCACCCGCUUCUAGCCACAAAUCCUACGAUGGGAGUUCGGAAAGCACAAAGAAGUAUCCAAGUGAUUCGCUCAACGCAUUGUCAUCUAUGUUCGAUUCCUUGGGUAGCAGUGGCGCCGGGGCUAACUGCAGAGCUAAGUCAGCAGCCGCAGCUACUGCCGGAGGAUCAGAAUCCCCAGAGAACCUCAGCUCCGGGGGAAACUCCUUGGCGGCCUUGCGACAAUUCUGCGUAAAGAAGGAGAAAACCGUCUAAGUCCGUGAGCUGAUACGAAAAGCGAAACCGAAUCAUUUGCCUUGUUUUCGUUGUUUCGAGCAAAACGCAUUUUCAACAUUUUUUGGUUUGUCAGCGCCUUGCCUUCGCCCCGAACCCAAAUACCCUCCCCCAGCGCUAGUCGGGGUUUUGAGUUCAGGCCUUGGGUUUGGCCUGGUGAACCGAGAUUCAAGUCAAAAAGCCACGGAUGGAGCCACUGGUUGAAUCCGUCUGUAAAAUUAUGGCGGACAUGAUCUGUUUUAACUGGACAAAGAAAUCGAUAUGUUCAGAAGAAUCUGCCGUGGAAACUGACGAUUGUGUUAACAACUGUACAGAAUGUUAAAAUACUCGCUGCAGUUGGGGUGAUAUUUUGGCCCAACACGAUUCCUGCCGCGUUCAGUUGGUCCGGCCCUUCAGCAAGCCGUUAGGCCUACUUUUUCAAGGAUAGAAAACAGAAAGCGCCAUUUAAAUUCCUUGAAAGACUGGUUCUUUCUGCUGAUCGGAGGUGGAAUGGAAACUGGAUGAACUUUACAUCCGAAAACACGAGUCCUUGUUGGGGCUGUCACAUGCCAAGGCGAAAAGAUAUAAAAUUGGAUAAGAAAACAUUGUGAUCAAAUACAAGAUAAAAGUUUUUAUGCAA